CCCUUCACUAGUAAUACUAACCGAUCUGUGCCACACCGUAGCUCGUGACCAGAAAUAGAAAUCGUCACCACCAUGGCGAACCCCUUUCAGACUUACUGUCAACCAUGGCUGGGAACGUCAUUUCUCAGCUCCAAAAAGUCCCUCUCGCCGAACCUCAACCACACAUAUUCUCCUCAUGGAGCAGCCCCGCCGUACCUUACAGUGGAUUUGCUUCCCAGGACUUCCUAUUAGGCGCAGGCAUGGUCAUAUUACAGCCAUCCUCGAACAGAGUUGUCGUCGUGUACGAUUCUCGCACCAAGGAGUACUUUCUACCACGAGGGCGGAAAGACUUGGGCGAGUCUUUGGAACAGACCGCGCUUCGAGAGGCGUACGAGGAGUCAGGAUAUAAAGCCGAACAUAUGCGCCUUUUCAAACCGACUCACCAACCACUAUCACCACAAGACCCGAGCGCUUCUUCGAACGGACCUAGACUGAAUAGCGAGCCUUUGUACAUCACCGUGGAUUCGUGGGCACCGAAGUCACGUAACGGACGUGUCAUUGAUUCCGGUGGCGAAUACUUUGUCUUUUGGUAUCUAGGAUAUAUCGGUGCGGAUGCAGUGAGUAGCUACACAACACCCAGUUUCUGCGGCAUCUAUUCAAUUCGCCAAAUUCAGGUUCAUGUCCCUGGAACGGGGAUGCCUGACGAAAAGACCUUUUCCGCUGCAUUAUACACAAUCAAAGAUGCAAAGGGGCUGCUGUUCAAAAAUGAGAGAAAGGUUUUAGAUUAUGCUUGGGCGGUCUACGCUGAACACCACAGGUAUCUGGAUACACUGAAGCUUAUAGAAAAGUCGAAGAAAGACGAGAAGUCUGGCUCAAAACUAACGCCCAGUAAGUAGAUUAAAUGAAAAUGGCUUCUGUACUCCAUGACCAAUCCCCCUGAGCUGCGAGUCCUGCCUUCUUGCGAUUAUAGAUUUUGGAGUGUUCACCGUGUACCUCUAAAUGUCAAGGUCGAUUGAAAAACAUGUGAUCCUGAGCCUAGGCGAGCAGACGUCCCUACUAGGUAGUAUGGGCCUGCUCUUUAGCCGAACUAGC